UGUUAUUAUGUACUCAGCAUGGCUAGCCAACAGCAGCAGCAACAACAGCAACAGCAGCAGCAAACCAUGGAAGUAGACCCCAUCUCCAAGUUUAAACUGCUUGUUCCACAUCUGAAGGAGUCAUUAGUGAAUCUCAUGAGGAUAGCAGGACAGAAUCUUGUGCACAAUGCAGCAAUUGAUAACCAGCUGAAAAGUGGUGAUAAUCCUUCUCAAAGGGUGGACAAAAACCUUGAAGAAUUCUAUUCAACUCUUGAUCAAAUUGAGCUAAAUUUGCGUCUUGCACAGGAGUGCCUUACCCAACACCAGGAAAGUGUGCGCCAUGCUCCCCUCCAAGUACCAAUCAUGUCCAAACCAGAGACCAGUGGAGAUGGCCAGACUAUGCCAUAUGGACAGUUCCUGGGCCUAGCCAGGUCACAGGUCACCUGUGCAAAGGAAAUCCAUGAUGCACUAGUUCGAUGUGCUGAUGACCUUGGAGGAAAAAGAUAGCUCGUGAUCAUGUGAUGACUGCAUUAUUUUCAAAUACUGUAAAUUAUGUAUUGAUGUUGUGAAUCAUUGAUUCCCAUAUCUAAUUCAAGUGUGCUAUUGUUUUUGUCCUCGUAAAGCAUUGUGAAUUUGUAAACAGUUUGCACUGCAAUGAUACAAACACAAUAAGGUUGGUCAACUUUUGUGAUAAUGUCCUUGGUAAUACAAUGCACUAGUAUUCAUGUCAGUGAAAUGUAUGAUAUUUAUGUAAUAAAAUGCUGGCUUCUGA